AUGUUGGUGGUCAAGCCAAGUGGACGCCGGACGGCGCCAGCAUGCCACGCCAAGGCACUGGAGCUGUUUGGGAAAGAGACGCGCCAGUGCGACGUGGCAAUUUCGUCCUUCCAGACGACCACUGAUCACUAUGCUCCACCAUUGCGAGAAGAUGACGAAGAGGCUGAAGACGAGAACAACCCGUCCACGCCCAAGGCUUUGCCAGCGGACAGGGCUCCCAUACAACAAGAGUAUGAAACAAGCCUCAUUGCCUCCUUGGGCUAUGAUGACACUGAUGCCAUUGAUCGUCGGCUCGGGCUGAUGCCGUCGGACAUGUCUACCGUAACGGAUGACCCAGCUCAAAACUAA